GCUGCUUAUAACAAUCUUCUUAAUAAUCUUGGCAAUCCAGGCCAGCUAACUAUUUGUCAGUUUUUAUAACUGGAAGACGCUCUACUCUAGCCUAGGCCUGCCAUAUCGGCAUGCAUGGCUUAGUUAGGCCUAUCCUAGUUGGUAUGAUCCACCGCUCUGACACAGACGAACCAGUUGAACUCUCUCGCUAUUGUGUAACAUAUUUCAAGUCUGAUGACCUUAUUAAUGAUAUUAAAAUACUGUACAGUUACUCAACAAAAUCAGCCUUAGCGAAAUGAGGUAUGACGAACAAAAAUAUGUCUCUACGUCAGGACUCAAGUAUGUUGGCUGGUGGAAAAAACACAGCAAUACAGGAACAACCAGCUCAAGAACCUGUGUCGCCAGAACGAUUACAGGAAUCUCAGGAAUUUAUUUGCGGUGGAGGUGCUGCAUUUAUAAAUAUCAUUAUGACAUUUCCUGUAAACAAAGUUCUCUUUCGGCAGCAGCUUCACGGCAUCAGGGUCGAAAGAGCCUUUGCGCAGUUGCUACGGGAAGGCCCGGGAAUGAUAUAUCGUGGCGUGUUGCCUCCUCUGCUUCAGAAAACUACAUCAACAGCUUUGAUGUUCGGACUAUAUGACCAAUAUACUAAAAUUAUCAAUCAUCAGAUUCCUUCCCUUCCACUUGCACCAGCCAAAAUGAUAGCAGCUGUUUUCUCAGGUACUUCUGAAGCAAUCCUUGUGCCGUUUGAACGUGUCCAAACUGUUCUUCAAGAUAACCGACAGGGGCAGUUCCGAAACACAAUGCACGUUUUCAAAGAGCUGUAUACCGCAUAUGGAAUUAAAGAACUGUACCGCGGACUAACCCCGAUACUUUUACGAAACGGUCCAAGUAAUGCAGUUUUCUUCGGAUUUCGACACGAGCUGAAAAAUUUACUACCAGAAGCUCAGACACAGACUGGUGACAUUGUAAACGACUUUUUAAGCGGCGCUGUUCUUGGCGCAACCAUCAGCACUGUUUGGUACCCUAUAAAUGUGGUUAAGACACGAAUGAUGGUGAAGGUUGGCGGUGAAUUUGUCUCAUUUCGUCAGACAUUCUGGAACAUUUAUUAUGAACGUGGAAAAAGAAUGCACCGGUUGUUUUACGGUGUUCAUUUGAACUUCAGCCGUGCGCUAAUCUCGUGGGGAAUUAUAAACGCAUCAUAUGAACUUCUUAAAAAAACCUUUACACAUACAUUAUAGGGCUGCAUUUUGUGAGUGAUUUCCUUGUAUUACAUAAUGAUUUGUCAAAAAUAUAUAUUAUACUAUAGAUAAUUAUUGCUUUUUAUAUGAUCUUUGUGUGUACAUCCCUAUAGACAUUUGUUGGUACAUUGUAGGAUUGUAUAUGAUAAGCAAUUAUUUUAAAAGUUUUACGGACCAGAAGGAGCCAGUAUUUGCCUUUAAAAAUUGCCUGAAGAUGCUAUUGUUGAUUUGAAAAAAAAAAGUAUUGUUACUGCUUGCUUGUCAUAUAAGGCAAAGUGACAGGGGUCCCAAGUCUCCUGGAGCUCACAGGAGUCUUCACGGAAAUCAUGAUGGCCUCCCGCAAGCAAGCAAGAAUCUCCCGCAAAUAUAAUAUCUGCAUGUUUUCCCGGCUUUGUUAAUAACGGUCUUACGGAAUCAGUUCCGAUGGGUGAAUACUAUGUGCUAUAGCAAAUUAAAAUUAAAUGUGUUUAAAAAGCUCAUUAACCAGAUCAGUGGCGGAUUCAAGAGAGGAGAGCCGGCCCAGACCCUCAAAUUCUUAGUCUGAGAGUGGCAUUUCCGGCCAUCUAGAUGUGCCAUAAUUUCUUGCCUCAACGAAGGUGAGGCUGAGGUGACUACACCCCCCAUGUGUGAAAGUCCUUCCUUGAGGCCCUUGCUACAGUAUCUCCUGGGAUUCACUUCUUCCAACUUUAGGACCCCUGAAGUGAAAAUUCUGCAAAUUGUAGUUUUCUGCAGCAGGCAGUAAUUUUCAACACAUGUACCAUAAAGCAUCUGUAAAAGACCACUGAAACACUUAAAUUGCUCCUUUUCUAGGAUAAACAAUUUAAUAAAGGCAGAUUUAAACAGAUAUCUGCUUGCUAGCAACAAUCUGUGAAUCAUGGUAAAUUUAACCGUAAGUAUCAGUUUCUUUUUUUUCAAUUAAAAAUCAAAACUAAAAAGUUUUUUUCUCGCUAUACGCAUAAAAACAGUCCCUUACACUAUAACUUUACAGUUCUACAGGUAUUCCUUAAUUCCAUGCGUAGCCUUUACAGCACAUUUGCUCAUGAUCAGUUUUAAAGAUUUUCGCAGUACUGUUUUGGUCUGCAGUUACUAAUUGGAUUCUUUUAAUGAGCAUUUCAUUGAUUUAUUUUAAUUUUUGUUGAUUCUCCAGAUUUUAUCACAGAAUCUUUAUACUUCCAAAAUCCACCUUCAAUUUUAUCAAAAUCAUUGUUCUGUGACAUUAAAAUGUUCGUAAUAGCAUUUGGACAUUCGCACAAACUGUAAGCUAGUUGCAAAUCUAUUUGGCAAUACAGUAAUAAGUUUCUAGGCUUAAUUCAGAUUUGUAUGAAGAUAGAGUAAUGUUGAAAUUGUGGGUUUUUAUACUACUGUAGUUUAAAAAGCAUCAUUGGUUUGUUUUUGUUUUUUGCUGAAGUAACGCACCUGAUGGCUUUUUAGAGCAACAUAGCAACUGUGUGUUAUUUACAGUGUCGAGUAAUAAGCGACAAUCACCCUAUAGCAGCUGUUUUUAUUGCUCAUUGCAAAACUGUUAAAAAAUAGUAUAGUAACAUGUUUUAAUAACUUAUAGCUGAUUAUCUAGGUCAUAAUUAUACAGGUGGUAUGUUAUUUCAUGUAGAUUGGCUUUUUUUAGUGUACAGUAAGCAGUAACUGUUUCUUAUCAGAAUCGAUAAAAAAAAAAUAUAAUUGUCCAUAGCAUUGUGGAUAAAGGACAAAAAAACUUGUAUAAAUUUCCCAUUCUUGCACUACCUGACAAUUUCAUUUCACCCUAUUUUAUAGUACGUAUUAACUUCUGAAGUGUUUCAGUAUUGAUACCAGCAAAAAAUGUUUCCAUAUAUUGUAGAAUCAAAAUCUGUCUCAAUCUUGAUUGGCACAAUGAAAAUGUAUUAGAAAUUUAUGGACUAUUUUAAGAACAAGUGCACCUUUUCUGGUUUGAUUUUAUUUUUCUUACAACUCUACCUGAAUUUUAAAAAGUUAGUUACUGUUUUAAGUUUGGUACUCACUGCUCCGAUGGAUAUCGGGCAGCACAAGAAGCAGACUCUCACUCACAAUCACCAGAUGGCUUUGCAUCAUCAAGCGCUCAUAGACAGCGGAGAUGCAUUCAUUGGCUGUCGGUUUGAGGACCCGGUUUUACAGCACCAUUAACAUUGAAACCAAAUUUUUAUAACUAACUAACUAUAAUGUUAAGUUGAUAUUAAUGGAAGUAAUCGGUUUGUUGCAUUCAGUGUUGACAUAGUAUUAUAAGUUUGAAUUGAGUGUUUAUCUGGUAAGUAGGUCUAUCCUACAUUACAGGUAAUAUAACAGAUAUGAAAUAAAAAUCAUGAUUCUACUGAAUCAAACAAAUGAAAA